CACACGGCUGACUGGUGCCACGCUGCGGCGCCUGCUCAGUGCGCAUCGCCGCUGCUGCUCGGAUCCUGGACCAGGAGCUCCGCUGUCCGUCCGACUGUACGUCUGCUGCACGCGCUGUCUGAUGGUAACCUAUGGAUUGACGGAGGCAGGCUUUUGUUGUCAGCCCGGUGGUUUGUUCUGCUGGAGCUGCACUUUCACCGGAGAAUGCCCAGAGGAGCCGGAGCCGUGUCCCUGCACGCAUAGCGCAGAAAUACACCCGAGAAUCACGAUAUUGACAUGAAGAAAGACAUUGAGACUCUAAUAGCAGAGGAACGCGCUGAUAUCAUCUUGAAAUAUGCUACGGGCAGGCAGGCCGGGGUGGAGAUCGACCCCUGGGAAGAUGCUGACUACAUUAUCUACAAAGUCAUCGACCGUUUCGGCUUCAUGCAUGAGGUCGAGUUGCCAGCCCCCACUGCACAUGAAGAAAAGCUGAAGCAGCUGGAGAUCGAGAGAGCGGAGAAGUGGCUGAAGAUGGUGAAGAAGUGGGAUAAAUACAAGAAUAGCGACAGGAUGGUAAAACGGGUGUACAAGGGCAUUCCCCUGCAGCUCAGAGGCCGGGCCUGGGCGCUGAUGCUGGACGUGGAGCGGGCGAAGACGGAGAACGAGGGCAAAUAUGAGAAAAUGAAGGAGCAGGCCAGACUGUACUCACCUGAGAUCAAACAGAUCGACCUGGACAUCAACAGGACCUUUCGAAACCACAUCAUGUUCAUGGACCGCUUUGGAGUCAAGCAGCAGGCUCUUUUCCAUGUUCUCUCUGCAUAUUCAGUCUACAACACAGAGGUGAGUUACUGCCAGGGGAUGAGCCAGAUCGCCGCCCUGCUGCUGAUGUACUUGAACGAGGAAGACGCCUUCUGGGCCCUGUCACAGCUGCUGACCAAUCAGAAGCACGGCAUGCACGGAUUUUUUGUUCCCGGGUUCCCCAAACUUCAGAGAUUCCAGGCACAUCAUGAUCAGAUUAUUUCCAAACUCAUCCCCAAGCUGAAGAAACAUCUGGACAGAGAGCAGAUGUCUGCGGGGAUUUACUGCACUAAAUGGUUCCUGCAGUGCUUCAUUGACAGGACGCCGUUCACGCUUACCCUUCGUCUGUGGGACAUUUUCAUCCUGGAGGGAGAGAGGCUUCUCACCGCCAUGUCUUACACCAUCCUGAAGAUACACAAGAAGCGUCUGUUGAAGAUGUCUCUGGAGGAGCUCAGAGAGUUCCUGCAGGAGCGAAUCGCUCAGACUUUCUUCUACAGCGACGACGUGAUCGUCGAGCAGCUUCAGGCGUCCAUGACUGAACUGAGGAAGAUGAAGCUGGACCUUCCUCCUCCAGGGAAGCCUGAGGAAUUACCCCGCCAGCCUCUGGGUCAGGAGCUGCCGGUGCUGUUGAGUCCAGUCCAGGCCUCCAGAGGGAAGCCGUCCUCCACCAGCGGGUUCCCCAAAGCAGGCCUGAGCCUCCGCAUCAUCUCCCACCAGCCUGACUCUAUAUCCCCGGACCAGAGCCCCUCCAAGGACCCCAGGGAUCUUGAUGCUGUGGAAGAGGAGGCCCCGCUGCCUUCCCCAGACCCAAUCAUCAUCCACAGCCAGGCCCCGCUCACCCCCGACAGCUCUCCGCUGAUGGGACCGCCGCCUUACCAGCCCCCUGGGAGUCGAGCAGUGGUCACAGUGGAUCAUCCACCUCCAGAUCAGGCGAGGGAUGAAAUGCAACCACAGGUGGCAGAUGAACUCUCGCCGGCCCCCACAGAUGACUCCUCUGUCACCACCGACAUCUCCUCCUGCAAGGUCCCGCGGACUCUUUCGGCUCAUGUAGCCCAGGUGGCCUCGCCGGCUUCUGGCCUGGCUCAGUCUGAGAGUCGGUCAGCAGAAGAGAGGGCUGAGGACAUUUACCUCCACCAGCUGCUGGAGCAGGCCUCAGCUCUGUCCACCAAAAGGAACCUGCGCCAGGUCUCCAGCGAAGGAUCGGAGGAAACACAGGCUCCGGACAUUUCAUGAGACGACCACCAAUUUAUUGGAUAAUGUGUCCGUGGCAUGACUUGACUCUGCCUUCUUCACCUAUUGGGUACAUUAAAGGUUCUGUAAAGGUCAAAUGUAGGCGGUUAAAACUGUUUGGUGGACGAGGUUACCGUUAAAGUUUAGGUGAAGAACAACAGAAGUAGGAUUUAUCAGUCAGAUUAUCAAUGUCAAGCAAAAGACCAGUAUUAAUUUCUAGUAUUAAUCUAAUUUGUUACCAAGUCACUAACUCACUUUCUAAAAAGUUUUGACUUGAGAAUCAAAUUUCCUCCUUUGGUCAUCACAUAUGAAGUUGUAGAGGUCAGAGGCAGGAGGACUCGUGUUUGGUCCUGAACAGCAGGGUCUGUUUUCAGAGUCACUCUUGGGAAGGACUAAAACCAGUGCUACCUCUGAGGAGCACUUACUUAGGGAAUAGUUUGUAUGUGUAGGCUUUAUUUGUAAAGACUAAUGGUGUGUCUGCAAAAAUGUGAAGCAAAAAUUGCAAAUAUACAUACCUUAAAUCUUAUAAUGAUACUUAAUAAUACCUGAGUACACGAUGGCAAGCCACUCGCAAGAGCCCUAUCCAACCACUUUGGUUUAUAAUACCCAUAACAGUGCUCCAUAUUGCCCAUAUUGUGCAGAAUUUUGCACGCUAUAAUACCCGUGUUCAUGCACAGCAGGUGUGCUUUGCAUCCCACACAAGUCACAAAAGUGACUCCUGUGUUUUAAUGUGCUCAUCGUCACUGUGCAUUCACAGAUGAUAGCUCCUCACACAGGAUGCCUGAAUGCCGUGUUAGCAUGCCCGCUAACAGGUGAAAGGCCUCUGGAGCUGUCCUAAAAAGCAGCAGAGAUAGAGACGGAUUUCCUACAGUGUGACGCCUGAUAAAUGUGGACCCAGUUUGUCUAAUGUGGCUCUGGAGCUGUGUCGUGCUGAUGUUGUGACAGUUAUCUGAACUUAGGCCGUCUGAGUUACAAACUGCCGACAUGAGGUGUGAAAGAUGCAGAAUAAAUGAACCUGACAUCAUGACCUUCCCCCUCCCUUCAAUGGCCACAGCUGUGUGUUUCUAAAGAUUUCACAGUUUAAUCUUUCAAACACACUUCUCCCGCUCUUCAUGCACAGGGCAUGUUAUUUGCAUGUCGAGAAAUUGUGCUAGUUUCCCAGAAUUUGAGGGACCUGGCUCUCACAGGAGACUGUUAAUACACCUUACCAGACUCUGGAGCAUUCGGGACCACAUCCACACCGUUUCCUGUCAUUUUGAUGGAGUUUUAUUGCAGAGAGAAGGAAUCAGAAAGCGUGCAGAAGUCUCCGAGGCGCCACCCUUUACGAGAAAAUAAAAUGUUUUUGUAGUUUUGUAACGCUUCACCAGAGAACAAAAUCGUGCUCCGUCAGCCUUUGUAAAAUGUUUGCUAGCAGAGUUACAGUUUUAUUUUUUGUACGAAUGUCUUGAUGCCUUAUUUGGAUCAGCUUCAGUUCUUCUGUGGACGUUGUUGAUGUUGAACUCUGCACAACAACAACAAAGGAAGUGAGCUUACUUGACACGAGGACAAACUUUCAGGUGUUGACAUGGUGAGCUGGCUCACUGUUAUGAUUGUACACAUUGACACAUAUUGAGCUCAUUUUAAAUAACUGGUUUUCUAGCUCAGUAAUUUAUUGUUUUAUCCUCUGAAGAAAAGGCAUCCAGGUCAAUUUACCGCUCUUGUGCUCAUCCUUUUCAUGAACUGGAAUAUGUGCUGCGUUUUCCACUGAGCUCUUUGAACGGUGUUAUUUAACCUUACAGAAGAUCUGGAUUUAGGUGUGUCAGAUUUUGUUUGCAUUGUGCUUAGAAAUGUACAGUAUUGUAGAACCAGUAGGUAAGAAGAAAACCCCAUUUCUUCAGCUCUGUGCUUAGAAAUAGUAAAAGGCUGACACCUUGUGGUUGCUUUAGAUUAAGCAUGUCUGUAUCUAGAUCUAGCCCAGAGGAGUAGAAAGACUUUUGAACAUUUAGAAUUCAUCCAAAUGACAACAAAUCAGAUUAGAGAUAUUUAAAGUCUUGCAAUUGAAUGGCAUUAUUUUGAAUUAUGUUAAGUUCAGGCUUUUUCUGACAUUUGACUGUAUUCCAAUGCUAAAACUCCAGCUAAUCUAAACAUGGUUUGAAUAGUUGUGUAUCAAAGUCCGCCACAGUUGAACUGGUAGUUUUCUUCAGUGUCUUUAAAGGAGAUGAAGUUAAAGUAUGACGUUGUUAGAGUGUCGAGGUAAAACAAAAGUGUUUUAAUUCUUGGCUACAGAUUUGAUGUACAUUGUAAUAUACAGCACUUUUUGUUUGAAGUUGAUGAAACCCUGGAGCUAAAACAAUAUAACUUUUAUCUUCCUUGA